CACUCACCUGGCCUGUACUCCCCACAGAAUGGGUCUGCUCCUACCCCUCAUACUCUGUGCCCUGGCUGCAUGUUAUGAGGCAAGGUCUCCAGUGGGCCUGCCACCGCCACCACUGCCCCCAAAUUUGCGUUUAGUUCCCCGGGGUUGCAAUGACUCUGAUGUGCUGGCAGUGUCAGGCUUUGCCCUGGAGGACAUCAACAAGGACAGAAAGGAUGGCUAUGUGCUGAGUCUCAACCGAGUGAGCGAUGCCCGUGAACACAGACAGGCUGACCUGGGAUCUCUGUUCUACCUCACCUUGGAUGUGUUAGAGACUGGGUGCCAUGUGCUCAGCAAGAAGUCCUGGAAGGAUUGCGGGGCAAGGAUACUGCAUGAAUCAGUUUAUGGUCAAUGCAAAGCACUGUUUUACAUUAAUAAGCCAAGAAGAAUUCUCUAUACACACGCUUAUAACUGUACUCUUCGGCCAGUUUCUCGAAGAAGCAUUCAUCACAUGUGUCCUGACUGCCCUAGUCCCAGUCCCAUUGACAUGUCAGAUCCCAAUGUUAUGGAAGCUGUCACUAAAUCUCUUGAAAAAUACAACAAUGAGAGUGCCCUGAAGCAGUAUUCUCUCGUCAAAGUCACCAAAGCUUCUAGCCAGUGGGUGUUUGGCCCUGGAUAUUUUGUGGAAUACUUAAUUAGAGAGUCAACAUGUACCAAACGCAUGAUCGUCUGCACACUUCAGAUGACUUACUCUGAGCCUGUUGCUCUUUGCAAAGGUUCCCUAAGUAAACGUGGAGGAAAAGAGUUUGUCUCUGUGAGUUGUGACUUCUUUGAAUCACAGGAUUCUCCUCCUGGGGUUGAAAGUUCUUCCACAAACCAGAAACCUACAGACCUACCUGAAGUGAAAGAUCUCCAGAAGGAAAGCUCAGCUAGCACAGAUUCACCCCCCAAAGCAGCGCAAAAGGGAUCUGUCCAGCGCCUUCCUGACUUGGACGAUGAGAAGCCCAAGGACUCCGAGGUGGCAGGCCCUGUAGAGGUCUUUCCUGUGCAUCUGGAUCUAACCGCUAAUCCCAGUGGAGAACCCUUAGAUAUCUCCUUCUUGUUCAUGGGGCCCGAGAAGAAGGUAAUAGAUGUCCUACCUUUCCCAGAAAAGGACAGACGCUCUUCUGAAUGCCCAGGACCAGCCCAGCACACCAAUAAGCUCAUUCUACCCCCAUGAGAGCCACAUAGUUGUUUCUGUGGGGUUCCAGUGUUCCGCAGGAAAUGAGAAGUCAUGGGGGAAGAGGAGAGAGGAAGAGGAAGCUCAUAAUUAGAGAGAAAUUCAUAAAGUGUCUUUUUAACUCUUUUUUUGGGUAUCAGUGUAUUGCUAGAAGUUAAUGAUAAAAUGAAACCAGACUGCAUUCUCCUCUUGCUGUGUUCCUCCCAAACCUCAAGAACCUUAAGCCAUGUAUAAAGACUUUUCAUCUUUUCAA